AAUGUGCUAUUCAAGAUGGCGGCAGAAGGUAGCGUUUAGCUCUGUCUGGCGAAAGGAAUUUCGAUCAUUUCUUCACUUUGGGGCGUGAAAAUUAUGCCGAAAAGACGAAAUGGUGAAAUCCCGCUACCUUCCGGAUGGGACAUCGGAACCGACUACGACGGCAAGAUCUAUUUCAUCGACCACAUCAACAAACAGACGACAUGGAUUGAUCCUAGAGACAGGUUGACAAAGCCACAGUCAUUUGCAGAUUGCUUAGGUAAUGAACUUCCCUUUGGCUGGGAGGAAUGCUACGAUGAGCAAGUUGGCGUUUACUACGUUGACCAUUCGAACAAAACAAAUCAAAUUGAAGACCCCAGGCAACAAUGGAGGCAACUUCAAGAGGCUAUGCUCAAAGAGUACCUGCUUACUGCUCAGGAUGAUCUUGCGGCUAAACGUGAGAUGGUGGAUGUCAAGCACCAGCGACUAGCCCUCGCGCAAGACGAGUUUGACCACCUGUCAGGUGCCCUAAAAGGCCUCUCACUGCAAGGCAGCUCGACAACUUCCCUACACUCCUCCUGCACAUCAGUGGCGUCGCGCGCUAGCUCACUGGAUCCUGAGCUGCUGCGCUCGGAUGUGGGCCGGGCACGACAUCGAGUGGCACGGCUGCGUAGAGAGCUUGAACAAGUGAGAUCGGAAGUCCACCAGCGGGAGCAAGGACUAGAAGCUCUGCGGCGAGUCGAGCAGCAGUUCUGCGAGCUUCCAGCAGGCUACAGCCUUGAUCAGGCAAAGGCAGUGCUUGAGGAGCUUUGCAGUGUGCAGCGCUCCCUAGGCAAAGGUCACAGAGAAAAGACAGAGCUGCUGCAGCGGCUGUGGCAGCUGAAAGAGGAGCUGUCGCGGGAUGUGUUGGACUCGCACGUGCCAGUGGAGCGACCAAGUGCAGCCUCCCAGACGGACCUGUCGGGUGAGCUGGCUCCCCUGGGUGCCCGGCUUGCCGAGGUGGCCCGCACGAGGCUCAGCUACGAUGAGGCACGGCGUGAGGUACAGCGCAUCCAGCGUGAGUUGGCAGAUCUCGAGGACCGGCUGUCUCCAGGACAAGCUGAAUCCGACCAAGACAGGCUACUCUUGGUGCGUGAAAAGGAGCAGCUUCUACACGAGCUUCGAGCACAGCUGGAGCGGGGAGACUCGCCUGCACUGCAAGAGGAGAUUUCACGGCUAGAGCGAGAUCUGGGCGACGCGCUGGAGAGCUCCAACCGUGCCAUUGCACAACGGCUGCGGCUGCAUGAACAGAAGCAGCAGCUGUUGCAUCAGCUCAGGGAUGCCACACGCCUCACUGCCUGUCUCGAGACACGCCUCCAAAGCCUAUCGGCCAGCACGCUGUCCGCAUCAUCGAGCUCCUCCCUGGGAUCCCUGAGCACUGGCAGCUCUCACGGCUCCUUGGCCAGCCUAAGUUUUCCCGACAUCUACGGUGGGUGCACGGCAGGCAUGGACAUGGCCUGCCGCCUUCCCCAUCGCCCCACAGGCUGCAGCCCCCCACUCUCACCCCGCUCCUCGUUGUCGUCGCUGUCGCCUCCUGUGUCACCGCACUGUGAUGGGUGCAAAGGCAUGGUGGAGGUUCCUCGACCUCGGGGACCGGAGCCUCCACUGAGCCCCAUCUGUGAGCAGGAGUGCCUUCGCACGGGUGGCGUGUCUGCUGCCAUCAGUGACGAGUCCGUGGCUGGAGACAGCGGUGUCUACGAGGCUGCACCACCAAGGCCUGGCGAUGAGGAAGAAGAGGACGAGGAGGAGGAUGAGGAUGAGGAAGACGAUGAUGAUGAAGAUGAGGAUGACGAGAACCCGCUGGACCAGGUGGACUUCCCCUGCCUCCAGCUCCAGCUGAGGCUGCAGCACUGCACCAAGGACGGCAUGCUGAACUUGCGCAUAGAGAAGGCACGACACCUCAGCAUUCUUGUGGCUCACUGUGCCUCUGUUUGUGUGCGUGCUACGGUGGUUCCUGGGGGUCCUGGCUGUGGCUGGCACUCAUCGCCCUGGGUGCGGCUCGAGAGUCACCAGCCUGUAGGCACCACCACUGCAGAUGCUGCCAGUGGCCAGACUGGCGGUGAAGAAGACACUCUGGGUCAGGAACUUCACCUUCCUGUGGGACCUCGGUUGUCGGGACACACCCUGCAGCUUCAGCUGUGGUGCCAGAAAGCCCGCAUGGUCCAGGAGUGCCUGGGCUGUGCUCAGCUGCCUCUGUGUGGCUUGAACCCAUCUGCGAUCUUGCUGCGUUGGUUGGAACUUUUCCCCCCUGAAAUGCUGGUGGCAGGAAAAGACGAAAGCAGUGAUGAGUCAACGGUCAUCUCUUCACAGACAUCCACGCUCACAAGGAACAUAGGUGCACCCUGCAGGGAAGAGCAGCAGCUUCGGGAAGAGCCAAGAAAAGGUGGCACCCUGAGGCUGUCAUCUGGGGAGCCUGUGGUGCACUGUGACAAGGAGACCAAUACUGAGUGCGUGUUCCAGCCAGAAGGGCGCCGAGGCCGCAAGGGCGUCAUGGGGGACCUGGCUGUGAGCUUGGCCGUGCCUGCAGCGCCGAUUUCCCCAGUCAAGCGCUCACAGACUUUCGGACCUGCGAGUCACCCUUACGUCUGCAGGCUCAACCGCAGCGACAGUGACAGUGCCAUGCCACUGUAUCGGAAGAGUGGCCCUUUUCAGAGAAAUGCUAUGGAACGUAGAAGCCUACGAUGCAAGAAGUCAAUGGCUCAGGGAGGCAAGACGGCCAGCCACGCAUCAGGGGCCCGGACGUCCCUGGAUCUGGCACUGGAUCUGCAGGCGUCACAGACGCGGCUGCAGCUGCUACAGCAGGACUUGGCUCGCCUCAGGGAGAUGAAGAGGCGCCUCGAGGACACAAAAGCAAGAGGUGAAACUGAGAUACCUGCCUGGCUGGCUGAUGAUGAACGAUUGCGACAAGUACUAGCAGCAGCAGACCGCCAGGCCUCGAGGCAGACAGUGGAGGAGAAAAAGACUGAAAAGUUGCUCAAGAAAACUUCUCGGGAGAUAUACAGGUUGCGCAAGAGCCGCAAGAAACAACCUGACAUGGCGUUUUUCAAAGAAAAAAUGGCCUUCUUCACACGGGCCCAGUCCACCGUUCCUGUGCUUCCUCCUGAGGCUGACAUCGCAGAGGAGGAAGUGGCGGGCUCCCCAGGAAUGCCAACCGCUGCAUCCACCCAACAGCGCUACGAAUACACUGUAGAUCCUGUGCUGGGUGUACAGGUGUGACGUCAAGACACCCAAGUGCCUGAAGUCUACAAAGGUGGCAGACCGCCGCGCCACACACUGAAACAUCGAUCAAAAGUACGGCCUUGCAUGAGGAGUAAGUCUCUCACGGGGCCAGCUAGCCAUCGGCAGACCACCAGAGCCGAAUGCCCGAAACCUGAGCGUCCCUUCGGAGCUUGUGUACGUACCUGAGACCACCUCAAACGCUGUAGUCGCUGCGCCAACCAUGGCUGCUGCUCUAAGCCCAAGCCAAGGUCAAGCCAUAGCCAUGCUGUGCCCAGCCUGCGCCCCGGUGUAACGGUUUCGGUCACGGACACUUACGAAGCACCGCUGCCCACCAACACACGUCUUACCUCUUUGCCGCAGAAGUGCCUUACAAUUCUGUGCCUACUGUAAAUUAUUUGGAUGCUUUUUUUUUUUUUCUUGUGAUAAAGUACAAAAAGGGAUUGAUGCUGUUGGCCUUAUGAUGUACAGGAAGGAGCCAUGUGUAACGUCACCACUUUUUUGGACAUUGUUUUUCCAUUGUUCCAUUUGGCCUCCCGCACCAAGACAUCUGUGCCUGGGGAAACAACACCCUCUACUUUUUGGACAAUAAAGGUAGAACACUGACAUA